UGCUGGCCCCCUACGCCGAAGAGGGUCACAUUUUGCACGUUUUACCGAGCCCAUAUAACGUGGUCCGUCCCUGCUGCCAUCCAGUUCUCUUUAGUGUUUGCCAAUGUUGGAGGUGUAACUGGGGUCUGGCCCUGGACAAAGGAAUAGAGCAUGGCUCAAGUGAAAGUGCAGACUUCAGUACCCCUGGCUGGUCCUGGCCUCUCUCCCGGAGUGUCCCCUACGGCCAUGGCCAGCCCAGGACCCCUGGGUCUGCAGCCCUCCGUCAAUGGCACAGGCCCGGCCCCCACACCCGGCUGCCCUGCUCCUUCAGUCGGAUAUGGGGACGCCCCUGUGUCUACCCCACCACCAGGCCCGCCCCAGGAAAACAUGGCAAACCCUAAAGAGAAAACUCCAAUGUGUUUGGUGAAUGAGUUAGCCCGUUUCAAUAGGAUCCAACCACAGUACAAGCUCCUCAAUGAGAGAGGCCCUGCACAUGCCAAGAUCUUUACGGUGCAGCUGUCCCUUGGGGAGCAGGUGUGGGAGGCGGAGGGCACCAGCAUUAAAAAAGCCCAGCACUCCACGGCUUCCAGGGCCCUGGCUGAGAGUGUCCUCCCCAGGCCGGCGCCCCGCUCCCCCAAAGUGGAUGUCAACAGCAACCCAGGCAGUAUAACCCCCACGGUGGAGCUGAAUGGUCUGGCCAUGAAGAGAGGGGAGCCAGCCAUCUACAGGCCCUUGGAGCCCAAACCAAUGCCCAACUACAGAGCCAACUAUAACUUCAGAGGGAUGUUUAACCAAAGGUAUCAUUACCCUGUUCCUAAGAUCUUCUAUGUGCAGCUGUCUGUGGGGAGUCAUGAGUUUAUAGGCGAGGGACGCACCCGCCAGGCGGCUAGACACAACGCUGCCAUGAAGGCCCUGCAGGCCCUCCGCAACGAACCCAUUCCUGAACGACCACCACCGAACCCAGAGGAGAAGGAGGAGCAAGAGGAAGGCACAGACGCCAGCAAAUCGGAGAUCAGCCUGGUCUACGAGAUUGCCCUCAAGAGGAACAUGGCUGUCAAUUUCGAGGUCCUGAAGGAGAGUGGCCCUCCCCACAUGAAGAGCUUCCUGACCCGUGUUACUGUGGGGGAGUUCUCUGCCGAGGGCGAGGGCAACAGCAAGAAGUUGUCCAAGAAGCGCGCUGCUCUCUCCAUCUUGCAGGACCUGAAGAAGCUUCCUUUCAUCCCCGUAGUGGAGAAACCCAAGACACACUACAAGAAACGGCCCAAGACGAUCCUCAAGACAGGACCAGACUAUGGCCAGGGCAUGAAUCCUAUCAGCCGGCUGGCUCAGAUCCAGCAGGCCAAGAAGGAGAAGGAGCCUGAGUAUGUGUUGUUGUCUGAGAGGGGCAUGCCUCGGCGCCGUGAAUUCAUCAUGCAGGUGAAGGUUAAUAGUGAGGUUGCCACAGGAACGGGUCCCAAUAAGAAGGUGGCCAAGCGGAACGCAGCCGAGGCCAUGCUGCUUCAGCUAGGAUACAAAGCCUCCACGCUCCCCCAGAACCCCACCGAGAUGGACAACAAAGGCUGGAACGGACAAAAGGCGCCUUUUACCGAAGCAACAAGUAACACCCAGAAGGGUCUACUCCACCUCAGCCCAGAUGUGUACCAGGAGAUGGAGGCCAGCAGGAAACAGGGGGGCGGGGCCCCAGGCCCCGGUGGUAGCAGUGCUGUCAGCUACCUGACCCCCAAAGACAUGGGGCCUUGCUCAGCCCCGCUGCCCCCAGGACACCCCCCUUAUUACGGGGGCUCGACUACUUUGUCUGGCCCUACUGCCACCAUGGCCAGGGAGCUGCUGCUGAAUGGCCAGUCCCCCACGGCUGACGCUUCACUGGCUCUUAAGGGGAAGAACCCAGCCCUGACCUGCGGCGUCUCGGUGCAGCCAGCACAACAGCUGGACUACCUGGCCCGCAUCCAGGGCUUCCAGGUGCAGUACAGUGAUGGACAGAGCGGUAAGGAGUUUGUGACCUACCUGACCCUCUCCCCUGUACAGAUGACUUUCCACGGCACCGGGAGCACCAUCCAAGCCAGCCAUGACCAGGCCGCUCUAAGUGCCUUGAAACAGCUGUCGGAGCAAGGACUAGACCCGGUGGACGGCCCCAUCAAGAGCAGUGAAGCGUGCGGGAGGGAGGACGGACACUAAACAGACUAACUCAGGCACCACCACUCAGGUCUGCAAGGAUUCAAAGGCUGUCGUCUAGGAGCUGACUUACCCAGACCCCCCACCCCCCACCCCACCCCUUUCCCUCCUCCCCCCCCACCCCACCCCCGCGAUUGCCACUGUAUCCUGCAAAGCCUGUCAACAUGCAAUAGGGUGGAUGUGCACCGAGAAAUGACCGACUAAAACAACAAAACACAAAAAAAACCCAUUACCUGAGUCUAUGUGAAGACAACACUAUCCUAAUGCAUUACAUUUAUUGAUGAUUUCAGAAGAAUUAUAAUGGACAAAAAAAAAAAAGUUAAUGAAAUAAAAGCAACAAAUAUCGAAUCAGUUUAAGCAAAUGAGACAGAUGCAUGGUACUGUGUCAAAUCGAGGAAAGUCCAGAUUGAAUACACUGCAUAGAGAAUAUUCCGGAUAGAUGCCUGUUGGUAUGGUUAAAAACAAAUAUGUACAUCACGCUAUUGAAAAACAAAGGAAACAUUUUAGGGGAGAAACCAACUCGCAUACAGUAGCAUAUUUUUUCGGGGGUAUUAUGUUUCUGUUUUUUGGGUUUUUUUUUCUUUUCUUUUUCUUUUUGGUUUUGUUUUGUUUUUGUUUGUUCUUUUGUUUGUUUUUUUUUUUCAUUUUGUUUUAUUAAUCUAACAAUGCUUGAGUACUGUAUUUAAAAUUAACCGAUGCCAGUGCUGUGAAAGUUGUAGUUGUUGUCUUCAUAUAUAGUCACCCAGCUUACCUUGUAUGCUGACAUUAAAAAAAAAAAGACUUCAUCUAUCUAUAUGGAUGUGUAUGACUUGCAAGAAUAUCAUAUUCCAAAAAAGAACACAAAAGAAAAUAUUUUUUUUUCAUGUGGACAUAAAUGGACAAAACUGGUGUUAGCAAAUAUCAAUAGAAGUGUGACUUCUCAGGAGUGAAGGUUAUGCGAAAAUUAAAAAAAAAAAAAAAAAAAAAA